AUAUCUGAGGACCAUAGAAAAGGAUGUUAUUAACUGCCCUGGUGUAGAGUGGUUCAUAAGAACUAAAUGUGCAAUAUGAUUGAUUAUGAAUCUUUCAUUAGUACUGUGGAAGGCCAUUUUUCUGUGUACAUUGUGGUUGGAAGAAGCAAAGGGUCUUGGGCCUAUUCUCUCAUGUGUCAAACUGCAUCAUAAAUUUGCAUUAUACCAAGAAAAGGCAUUACUAAUUAGAUGCUACAUGUAUUUACAGAGACGCCUUCUUAACUUUGUUGGAAAGGCUCUGGUGGAUGAUGUUAUCCCAAUUCUUUUGGUUGCUUUCCAUUGUCAAUCAAGUCAGCUUCGUACUCAGUGUGUUGAUAGAGUAGCAAGAUCAAAUCUUGAUAUCAUCUCCAUUGAGAAAGAGCUUCCUUAUGAAGUUGUGGAAGAAAUCAAACUGAUUCGCCGCAACUCGGUAUCUGCAGAACAAAAUACAGAAGCUGUUGACCCCUUGCAUGAAAAGAGAAUUAGGAAAAUACACAAGGCGUUAGACUCGGAUGAUGUUGAACUUGUAAAGCUCCUUCUUACUGAGUCUGAUGUAACUUUAGAUGAUGCCAAUGCUCUCCAUUAUGCUGCUGCAUACUGUGACCCCAAAAUUGUAACGGAGGUGCUCAGCCUGGGUUUGGCUGAUGUCAACUUUCGCAAUUCUCGAGGUUAUACAGUUCUCCAUGUUGCUGCAAUGCGUAGAGAGCCAUCAGUGAUUGUGUCCCUUUUGAACAAAGGGGCUUCUGCUGUAGAAUCAACAUCAGAUGGGCAAAGCGCUGUUAGCAUUUGCCGAAGGUUAACAAGGCCAAAAGAUUAUCAUGCAAAAACAGCACAGGGUCAGGAAGCAAAUAAAGACAGGCUAUGUAUUGAUGUUUUAGAGAGAGAAAUCCGGAGAAAUCCAUUGGCUGGGGAUGUAACUAUCGAUUCCCAAAUAGGGGACGAGGAUCUGCACGUGAAGCUUUUUUACCUAGAAAAUAGAGUGGCAUUUGCACGAUUAUUUUUCCCUGCUGAAGCCAAGGUGGCCAUGGACAUUGCAAAUGCUGAGACAACCUCUGAGUUUGUCGAUCUUGCUUCAUCAAAAGGUUCAAGAGGGGAGUUAAGGGAGGUCGACCUAAAUGAGACCCCUAUAAUGCGCAACAAAAGACUUCUAACUCGCUUGAUAGCCCUCAUGAAAACAGUGGAGACGGGUCGGCGCUAUUUCCCUAAUUGCUCAGAGGUGCUUGAUAAAUUCAUAGAGGAUGACCUUCCUGACCUGUUUCACCUCGAAAAGGGCACCACAGAUGAGCAGCAUAUCAAGAAGUCAUGCUUCAUGGAGCUUAAGGAUGAUGUCCAAAAGGCUUUUGAUAAGGACAAGGCUGAAAUUAGACGCACUGGGUUGUCGCCCUCUUCAUCAUCUUCUUCUUUAAAAGAUGGUCUCACCAAAAAGUUUCGGAAAUUGUGAAGUUUUGUAAACUAUGUCUAUGCCUGGCAUUUAGUUCAAAUUUUUUGGUGUAGAAAUCCUCUCUGACAGUCUGCCUGCUCUACUCCGCUCUUCUGGACAGCUUUAUUGUGGACGGAAGUCCCUUUGUAAACUAUGUGGAAGUUGUAGCGAGGAGCUCUUAAUGCUUUGAGAAUUAUAGGAUAUCAGAUGAUAGCCGUAAAGGACAUUGACAAAGUCAAGUUGCAAGUUGUUCAUUCACAUUUCAUAUUUUUGUACCUCAUUCCACUGUGAAUUGGAAGUAAUUAUGCAACAUAUUGACAAGUUGGAUUUCUGCA